AUGAGCCGACUUACAGAAUCUAAUAUCGAUCAGACAAUUGCUGAUGCAAAUGAGCAACUAUCUCGGUGGCAAGAAGAUUGUCAUAAAAAAAUUGAUUCAAUUUAUCAACGAAAAUUUCAAGAACUCGAAGCACAUACCAAAGAGAUCAGAACUAAGUAUGAAGAAACAAAAACAAAGGUAGAAAACAAGCUAUCUCAACUUAAUGAUCAAAAUAAAGCGAAUAAAGAUCAUCCUGAUUCAAUAAAAAUAGUGUUAGAUUCAAUUGAACAAGAUUUAAAUAAUAUUGAACAUCUAUCCAUUAACGUUAACACUCGACCAUUAACUAUAAAUGAUAGUUAUGUUUAUAUUGAAAAAGACUUUAGUUUUCAAAAUAUUUCAAACGAUCUGUUGCGAUUUAACUAUUCUAAUCAAAGCUCGUCAGCCUUAGCAAGUAACGAUCAAUAUUUAUUAAUGCAUCAAUGUCCAUAUUUAUGUUUAAUUAAUCGAGAUUUUACAAUAGCAAAACAAAUUGUUUGGCCUCAUGAUUGGAUACGUGAUAUUUGUUGGUCAAAAACAUUGAUUUCAUUUAUAAUUAUAACAGCAACUGGUAUUUAUUUAGUUGAUGAACUCUUACAAUUGCAUGGUUGUCUGAAGGAUCCUGCUAAACCAAUUUGGUUUUCUUGUACAUGUUCCAAUGAAUCUUUAUAUGUAUCAACAUGUGAAUGGGGUUCAUCAAUAUUUGAAUUUAAUCUUUCACCUUCACUUCCACUAGUUAACCACUGGAAACCUCCAUUUUUGUGUAAAUCUCAUGAUGGUAUUAAUGAUAUUAAAUAUAAUAAUGAAACAAUUGCUCUAAUGAUUAAUGAUUCAGAAAAACAUCAGAAACGUAUGGAAUUGAAAUCAAUAAAAACAUUUGAUACAAUUUGGCUACUUACAUUGAGUGUUGGAACUAAUAUUCGUUUAUUUACUUGUUGUCCCGUCAAUUAUAAUGAAUGGCUUGUUAUUGAUGGAACUAAUUUACGUAUUUAUCAUGUUACAAAAGAUGGGAAAUUUAAAGAUAAUAUUUUGUAUAAUUCAAUACCGUAUCGAGCAAAUUUAUUCAGUUCAAAUAUUCUAGCCAUUGCAGCUGAAAAUGAUUUAAGUUUAUAUCGAGUUUUUUAA